UAAGGAGACACAUCCAGUGAGCAGAAGCAACAGCUGACCUCCAAGACAGAACCGCUAGCCCACCCUCUCCCACACAAAGACCGGGGCGUUGGGACUAGAUGGAGACCCUUGAUUAAAGCCCUGACUUAAUGAGGCUUGAAUUUGUCUACUCCAUAUACCUAUCUCCAUUUACUCGCUCCCUCCCACCCACUUCGUGUAGAUGAGUAAUUGAAGAGGGAGUUAACAAUUCUUUGUCUAAGAAAUGUGAAAGACUGCAGAAGGAUUUUGCGAAGGCAGUUGUGACUUGAGUAAAGGAAGACAAAUUGGAAGGGAAAGGACAGAAAGCUUGGAGCUCAGACUGGAAACAGGAUUAAGGGGAGGGGGACCGUGGAACCUCUCGCUCACUAGUACCAGGCAGAAGUCUGCACCUGGUUUCACUCUAGAGGGUGCUCAGCGCAUGUGGGUGUGUCCCCCGGAUUGUUCCUGGAUUGUACCGCUUCCCAGUCGCGAUGAACCGGAUGAUCAGUAUCCUUCUGGGUGCAAUGCUGCUCUGGGGCCAGGGCGGCUUCUCCCGGAGGGUCGUCAGUGGUCAGAAGGUGUGUUUUGCAGACUUAAAACAUCCCUGUUACAAAAUGGCCUAUUUUCAGGACUUGUCAAGUCGAGUGGGAUUCCAGGAGGCACGUCAAGCUUGUGAAAGUGAUGGUGGAGCUCUUCUCAGUCUUGAAAGUGAAACAGAACAGAAGUUAAUAGAAAGCAUGUUACAAAACCUCACUAAGCCAGACACAGGUAUUUCUGAUGGUGACUUCUGGAUUGGCCUUUGGAGAAAUGGAGAAGGACAGACAUCAGGUGCUUGUCCAAAUCUCUACAAGUGGUCUGAUGGAAGCAGUUCCCAAUAUCGCAACUGGUAUGCUGAUGAACCUUCCUGUGGAAGUGAAGCUUGCGUUGUGAUGUAUCAUCAACCAACUGCCAAUCCUGGUCUUGGGGGUCCCUACCUUUACCAGUGGAAUGAUGACAGAUGUAAUAUGAAGCACAAUUUUAUCUGCAAGUAUGAACCAGAGAGUUUUCCAACCAUCCCAGCAGGAAAACCUUUUGAUGAAAGCAAACCAGAAGAUCCCUAUCACAUAGUUGUUACUGAAACAGGUAUAAUUCCCAAUCUAAUUUAUGUUGUUAUACCAACAAUACCUCUGCUGUUGUUGAUACUUGUGGCAUUUGGAACCUGUUGUUUUCAGAUGCUACAUAAAAGUAAAGGAAGAACAAAAACUAGCCCAAACCAAUCCACACUAUGGAUAUCAAAGAGCAACAAGAAGGAAAGUAUCAUGGAGAUAUAACAACUCAUUGAUUUGUCUUCCAAGGAAGAAGUCAUGCUUCAGCUUUUUGGAUAUGUGUAAUCAAUGACAUCAGAACAUUAGCUUGGAAUGGCUUUGAAAUCUCAAAUCAGCAAGAUGAACUAUAUGAUCCACCUUGAGGCAACUAUUAAGAUAAUUUUAUAUGUUUGUUAUUUCAUUAACAAAAUAUGCCAUGCUAAAUAAAGAAGUAAAACCUG